CUGCAUGCUGCGCGGAUUGGUUUAUCAGCAUCGUUUGUUUUGUUCCUCUUCGCCUCGUUGCUUAUCGUUAUUAAGGAAAUGUGCAACAACGUUCUUUUGAACGUGUUCAUUUUGUUUCUCGCCACUACAGCGCUUGUAAUCAGUGAAGAACUCUACGAAGGCAGCUCAUGCAAAUUGGAAAAUGGUAAUUUAGGUUUCUGCAAGAAAUUACUUGAUUGUCCGACCAGAAGGCAGGAGGUACAAGACGGCAUAAGACAGUCAACUUCUACGGGAAGAUGUGGAUUCAUUGGCUUUAUCGAGAUUGUUUGUUGCCCCGUGAAUAUUUCUGAAAAAAUGUCACUCCGACCGGCUGACGCUGCUUGUCAGGAAUAUGAUACGAAAAGAGUGACGAAGGAAGUGGAUUCAAUAGCGUACCAUAUAUUUGAGGGGAUCAAGGCUCAGGCUGGUGAAUUUCCAUACAUGGCGGCUUUAGGAUACAAAAAUAAUAGCACUAGGAAUGCAUCUAUCGAAUACAGUUGCGGAGGAAGUUUGAUAUCUCCUCAACAUGUAUUGACAGCAGCACACUGUGUAUUUAAUAUCCAAAAAAAAGUCCCUAUUGAAGUACGAUUGGGAAAUGUAAACUUACAGAGCAUUGAGGUGAAAGUGCAACGAAUCCCAAUAAGGAAGGUAAUAUAUCAUCCGGAAUACAAAAUGAGUGCACAUUAUAAUGAUGUCGCCAUUCUGAAGCUGGAAACAAAGGUGAAGUUUUCGGAUAUGGUUAAACCUGUCUGCCUUCAUACGAAAUCCAUAAAUGACAUAAAUCUAACAUCGAAAAUAUCUCUAAGAGUGAUUGGAUGGGGCGCGACUAACGAAGAAACCUCGAACUCUAAUUCCUUAAUGAAAACACCUAGUCUCAGCAUUGUGAGUAAAGAAGAAUGUGCCAAGCUUUACAAAGGAUUUAAAAAAUUGUCUCGUGGCAUCGAUGACAACAUGAUUUGCGCCAUAGGAAAUAAAACGAAUAACAACAAUAGGCCGGAUGCCUGUUAUGGAGAUAGUGGAGGACCGUUAUUAAUGAUUACAGAAAAAGGCGAUAGCAUAAUCGGAAUCACGUCUUUCGGAUCAUCAUGCGGUAGUGAUAUCCCAGGUGUUUAUACCGCAGUGUAUUCUUAUUUAGAUUGGAUCGAGGACCACGUUUGGACAAGUAAUGAAGAUCAGAGUGUUGUAAAAACAGAAUUUAUUAAUUUUACGUUCCUGCAGUAUUAUGGUACACGCUGAUAUUUAAACAUGUUGCUAACAUACUUCAAUGAUGCGUAAUAAAAUCGAUUGUUGUGCAUAGUUUACCGGAGUUUACCAUGAAUCCUAUUUUAUUUAAAUCAUGCGUAAUAUUAUUGAUGAUCAACAAAUGUGUGGAGAAGGAAAGAACAAAGGAGGUAAACACUAACAAAACCCUUUUUUAUUUAUUCAUAUUCUGUACAAAUGUAUUUUACACAACCACGAUAAUAUCUACCGUACCAACUUAAAUGUCAAGUGACAAUAUGUGAUAAGCGUCGAUUUAAAUAUUCUUGAAAGUGUAUAUGAUUAAAACAGA